GCGCCGAGUUACCGUGUUAGGCAAGUUUGACAAGGUGUUGAUCGCGGUGUGGUUAUGUUCGCAUGACGAGCCACCUGGGCAGGCGAGCGCAAUGUUGCGAAAGAUACCUUUCCUGGCCACAAUCCGCCACAGGCCUUGCUAACAAAUCUAGUAAUCUUUUGCACGGUCGAUAUUUGGAUGUCCAAACGUUCAAUGUAUAUUGUGCGCUCGAUCCUUGCCUGUCUGCUUGCAUGUUGUUAACAACAGCCGCUUUUGUUACCACCAACCGGUCUCUAGGCUUGAUGGUAUGAGUUGAACUAUGUAACUGCUUGGACAAUACAACAAAGCCUGUGCAUAUUUGAGGGAUCUUUACAUAAGCUGUAAAGAUGAUAAGCCAUUUGGGCACAAUGAGCGAUAUGCUGAAGUUUCGUCUUUUCUAGCUAGCACAGUCGACAGCACA